AUGGACGCUGGUGAGCGCUGGACGGAGGACGAGGACGUGGCGGAAGAGGAGCUGCGCCUGCUGGAGGCUAUGGCCGACGUGUCUACUGCAAUGCAAAAGUUCAAUCAAGUGCUGGCCAAGCUUAAUCGACAGUCCGUGGAGCUGUCCAAGGACUUAGGAACGGCGGAGAGGCAGUUGAACGCUCUGUACUUGCCUUUCCAAGCCGCUAUUUAUGAGAUGCAGAGCUCCGACGACCGGAGACGAACGCUGUCAGUACCGACAGUCGCUGCAAUGGCAACACCGGAAGCGCAACGUACUGAGCUUUGA